AUGAAAAUAUGUCUAUUAUCAAAAAAGGAAAAGUAUAUACAUAAUUUUUUUUAUAAAUUAUUUAGAUCGCUAAGUGAUUUAAGAAAGGAUGAAAAGAAAAAAAAAGAACGAAUAGCCCAUUAUACAGGAGGCCAUAACAGUGGAUUAGAAGUUGAAAAUUCAGAUGAUGAUUUAGUUCAAAACUUUAUGAGCUCAAAAUUGUCAGAAAACUGCAGGCAUAUCACUUUAUACAAAAAUGGAUUUAUAAUAGAUGAUGGUGAAUUUCGUGAUUUAGAAGUAGAAGAAAAUAAAAAAUUCUUGGAAAAUAUUGAAGCUGGAAUUUUACCUAAAGAAUUAGCUUCAAAAGAUAAAACAGUGAAUGUUGCAUUGAAAGAUAAAAGCAAUCAAAUAUAUAUAAAAAAAAAAAAAAAAGGUGAUGAUUUAUAUAAAGGGCAAGGUAUAAAAUUAGGAGGAAAUGCAUCAAAUACAAGUGAAGAAGAAAUAAAUAAAUUACUAUUAUCUUCUCCAGGUGAAGUUAAGAAAAUAGAUGUAGAUGAAAAUAAACCAACAACAAUUUUACAUGUAAGAUUAUAUAAUGGAAGGAAAAUUACUCAAAAAUUUAAUCAUGAUCAUACAGUAGAAGAUUUGUUUCAAUAUGUUCAUAGUGUCACACCCAUUAAUUUUUCACUUUAUUUUGAUUUUCCACUUAAAUUAAUUGAAAGAAAUGAACAGACAUUAAAAAGUGCUAAACUUUUAGAUACUAUUAUAACACAAAAACUUACUUCAUAA